AUGGGUUUCUUUCCAUUUCUUCUGCUCUCUCUUCUAGCUCUAUGCCCUUCUUUCUCCAAUGGAGAUAUGGAGCCCAAGAUUGGAAUAUGCUACGGUCAACUGGGCAACAACCUGCCUACACAAUCAAAAUCGAUUCAACUAAUCAAGAAACUCGGAGCCAAACGUGUCAAAAUCUAUGAUGCCAACACAAAAAUCCUCGAAGCCCUUAAAGGCACUCACCUUCAAGCCUCAGUCAUGGUCCCAAACGAAAUCAUCACCAAUAUCUCUUCAAACCAAACACUAGCAGAUGAGUGGGUCAAAACCAAUGUGGUACCUUUUUACCCGAAAACCCUGAUCCGUUACCUCUUAGUAGGGAAUGAGAUCUUGAGCAACCCACCCAACACCACCUGGUUCAAUCUUGUACCUGCUAUGCGUAAAAUCAGAUAUUCUGUGAAGAAAUUCGGUCUAAAGAAGAUUAAAGUUGGAACUCCAUUAGCAAUGGACGCAUUAGAAUCUUCAUUUCCUCCGUCUAAUGGUACUUUUAGGUCUGAUGUUAGGGAUGAAGUUAUUAAGCCAUUGUUGCGUUUCUUGGACAGAACUAAGUCAUUUUUCUUCGUUGAUGUGUACACUUAUUUUGCUUGGGCAAAUCAACCAGCCCAAAUCAAUCUUGAUUAUGCUUUGCUAGCAGCCACAAAUAUUACCUACAAAGAUCCAGUUUCGGGUUUGGCCUACACUAAUUUGUUGGAUCAAAUGCUUGACUCUGUUAUUUUUGCCAUGAAGAGACUUGGGUACCCCAAUAUUCGGCUAUUUAUAGCCGAAACUGGUUGGCCUAAUGGUGGCGACAUUGAUCAAAUCGGUGCAAAUAUUUACAAUGCCGCCACGUAUAAUAGAAACGUGGUUAAGAAAUUCACGGCUAAGCCUCCUAUUGGAACUCCGGCUAGACCCGGGGUGGUAAUCCCAACCAUGAUUUUCGCCUUAUAUAACGAAAACCAGAAGCCAGGUCCAGGUACCGAGCGGCAUUUUGGUUUGUUAUAUCCUAACGGGUCUUAUGUGUAUCCUAUUGAUUUAUCUGGUAAGACACCAGAGUCGGAGUACCCACCAUUGCCUAAGCCUACAAACAAUGAGCCUUAUAAGGGUAAGAUUUGGUGCGUUGUAGCCGAAGGAGCGAACCGGACCGCAGUGGCCGGGGCUCUGUCUUAUGCCUGUGGUCAGGGUAAUCGGACGUGUGACCCGAUCCAACCUGGCGGAAAGUGUUACAAGCCUAAUUCUUUGAUUAACCAUGCAAGUUACGCUUUUAGUUCUUAUUGGUCGCAGUUUAAGAAGAGUGGCGGGUCUUGUUACUUCAAUGGCCUUGCUGUGCAGACUGCUCAUGAUCCAAGUUAUGGAUUAUGCAAGUUUCCCAGCGUUACACUUUAG